UGUAACUUUCAGAACUGUGAUCUCAGCAGAAGUUCAGAAAACAUCUAUAAAAGCUGAAGAUAGAACAGCUAGUGCACCUACAGGCAUAUCGACCAUGAGCAACAACAAUAAAAUAGAAUAUGUAAAAAUACACAAUAUCAUGGUGCAGCGUCUAAUAAAAAGUGCACUUCAGUUUGUUUCUGUGACUCUAGAAUUUGUUAAAUCCCAUCAAGAAAAUGUAAAGCUCAAAAAAGAAGAUGCACAACUUUAUAUUAAAGAGAUGUUACAUUCAGUUUUAUUCUUAUUGUACAUUAACAAGCCAUCCAUUGAGCCCCAAGAGUUCAUGUCACAGAGAAUGUUGGAAUCUUUCAGGAGAAAUUACUCAGAUGUAUUGGAGAAGUAUAAGACUCAUCUUCCACUGAGGCCACCAUAUUCCAUUUUGCUGGAUUUGGUUGUUAAAAUCAUGGAACACGAUCAGGAGGACGAGAUGAUUCUUGACUGCCUCUGGGAUCUAAAUGAGAAAAUGCUUAUCUCUGGAAUGGGAAAUGAAGAACAAAUGAGUGCAAAUGAUUUUGCUUUUUCCUCUCGUGUUGUCAGCUGCUGUUAUUUUUCUGAAAAGAGCACAGAUUUUAAAACAAGAAAGUACUUUGGAGCGUCAGUGGCCUGCAAAGGAAAAAUUCAAAGAGAGGUUUUCAUUGAUGUGGCCUGUGUGAAGACAUGGCACCCAAAGGUGGCCAUUGGUGUUGUUAAUGCUUCCACAGGGAAUGAAACCUUGCAGCUACCUGAAUAUGUUUAUUCUACUGCAUACCGCAUGAAAUCAUCUAAUACAACUUCAUGUAUAUGUUAUAAAGCAAUGCCUCCAUGCCCAAGAUGCCUAGACAUAUUCCCUAAUAUAAUAUUCAGUCCAGAAGCACUGGAAGUCUACAAUGCAAAAUGGGAACAUGGAAACUGUGCAGAAUGUGAAUCUGUAAGUAAUCUCCUAAAGGCAGAGAGAGACCUUGAAGAGGCAGUGGCCAUGCCCUUGUCCAAUAAUAGAAUAAAUAGAAGACAACAGAGGCUUAUUGAAAAUCUGCGAAAUACUAGAUUCUUGUUGAGAUCAAAUCUUAUUUAUUAUGAUUCUGCUUAAAUUUUAAUGACAGUACUGCACUUUACCCAGCAGAACUGUCUAGCUAAGGUUAUCAAU